CAAUGCAUUCUAAGACUUAUAUUCCUUGGGCUCCAUAAUGCAGAGGAUAAUUAUUCGAUGAUGUAAUUCAUGAGGGAGGCACAUUAUUUUUUGUAUAUAUAUCCUUAAGAGUUUAAUUGGGAGUUACUAUAACAUAUUUUAUUGUUAUUGGUCUUAUAUUUAAUAUAGUUGGAACAAUGACUGCUUGUAAUUUUGCUUGGUCUUGUAUGGCAAGUAAUAACAAUUUCAUAUUAUUUAGCUCGUCCUGAAUCUUAAUAUAAUUAUAUAUUUUUUAUUGAAAUAGGCUUUAAGAUGGUUUUGUAAAUAGCUGAAAUCAUUGUUAUAUGUGUUUCAUUUGCUAUUAUUGAUAGUAAAAGACUUGUAAUUAAAGAUGUCAAUGAUAAUUAAUGUGUUUCAGAUCCAGUAAGUGAUUACUUCUUCACAAAUCUAGAAAAUGAUUUAACUAAAUUUGCUUGGUCAUAUAAUCUAGCUAAUUUAGUCAUCUUUGCAGUUACAUUAAUUUUAGAUUUAAUAAUAAUAAAACACUCCUUAAAUCAAGGACAUCAUCAUGGAGCAAAAAAACAUCAUGAAAAGGGAGAACAUUAAGAAUUAGAUAUAGGAUCAAACGGAGAAUCCAUAAAUUAGUAGGAUGUUAAAAGCGAUCAAAAGUUAUAAGCUAAAAGUGAUAUGUUAUAGUCUCCAUAAUGA